CUUUCGUCCGAAUGAACACAAACAAAUGCACGUGUUGAAGCCCAUAUAGUAUUUUUUUUCGGAUUUUUCGGAUAAUGGAUUUAUUUAAAGUAAACAGAUAUGAUGCCACUAAACUGAGUCAAGAUGAAGAGAAGUUGCAAGAAGAGCUAAUUUUGCAACGAUUGCUAUCAUCAAAGAAAAAUACUGGAAAAAGUAUCCAACAUGUGGAACCAGAAAUCACUGAGAGGCAACCGGGACAAGACGAGAACGAUGAUUCCGAAGAAACAACUAGGAAGAUAGAUAAAAAAAUCGAGCAAACAGAGAACGUCAUAUCGGAUCGCCUACAUGAAACUUACGAAAGUGAAUCCAAACCAGAAAAUCAGACCAAUUUCACAACUCUUGGCGAAGACCAUAUCAAACGGUUAAAAAAAGUAGAUGAAAUUUUGCCUCCAUGGCUGUCACAUCCUACUAUAAUCGAUAGUGAUCUUAAUAAAAGAGGAAAAUCGAUCAAAAAGCUGGAUUAUAUCGACGAUCAGCUUAAGACAAACUUAAGAAAUAUGCAUUAUAAGCGACUGUUCCCUGUUCAGGAAACAGUAAUUCCUUGGAUUCUUAAUGUCCAUCGUAAGCCUGCUCCGUUUUGGCCGCGUGAUCUGUGUAUUUCAUCUCCCACUGGAAGCGGGAAAACACUAGCAUUCGCCGUUCCUAUUGUUCAAAUGCUUCUAAGGCGUAUUUUUCCUGCUGUAAGAGCAUUAGUUAUUUUGCCUGUGAAGGAAUUGGCUGAGCAAGUAUUUGGAGUGUUUGAGAAACUCUGCGAUGGAACCAAAGUGAGGCCAAUUUUGCUAUCACGAAAACAUAACUUUACCAUAGAACAGGGUAAACUGGUGGAUAAAUUUAAUGGCGAAUACAUGGCAAAAGUUGACAUUGUCGUUACAACUGCUGGUCGUUUGGUGGAACAUUUGAAUUCCACUGAAGGUUUCACGCUGAAAGACCUUCGGUUUCUCAUUAUUGACGAAGCUGAUCGCGUUAUGGAUCAAAUUCAAAAUGAUUGGUUGUAUCAUCUUAAUAAGCACGUCAAGGCAGAAUCUGAUCAAUACUUACUUGGACGAACUGUUGGACAGCUUUCGCAAUCUGAACUGUUCGACAAACCAAAACAGCCUCAUAAAUUGCUUUUCUCGGCUACUUUGAGCCAAGAUCCAGAAAAGCUUCAGACCUUCAAACUUUUCCAUCCUAAGCUGUUUACAGCAGUUGCCGAUCCUAUCAAACGGGUAGACGUGUACGAGAAAACGCAAUCACAGCAAACGGAAGAAAAGCGUGGUGCAUUUGCUGGGCAAUAUUCUACUCCGGCAGAACUGCGACAACUCAUCUGCAUGACCCAGUAUCGCAUAAAACCGCUCACCUUGUUUGCACUGAUAAAAGAGAACAACUACAAACGGUUUUUGUGCUUCACGAAUUCAAUUGAUGCCUCACAUCGGUUGUCAUUCGUGUUACAGAAAAUGCUCGGCCAAGAAUUGCUUGUUGAAGAAUGGUCUUCAUCAUUAAGUCCUGCUGCUAGGAAAAGCGUGCUCAACAGAUUCGCUCUGGGUAAAGUCAACGGAAUUAUUUGCACAGAUGCACUCGCUCGAGGUAUUGACAUAGAGGAUAUCGACGUCGUUAUUUCAUACGAUAUGCCGAGACAUAUAAACACAUAUAUUCACCGAAUCGGUCGUACUGGUCGCGCCGGAAAUCACGGUACUUCAAUAACAAUGCUCAUAGAUGAAGAGAAGAAGAAAUUUAAUGCUAUGCUAGCUGCAGCCGGCAAAAGUGAACUUGGAACGAUCGAUAUAAAAUCGAAUGCUGAGGAAGAGUACGCCGUUUUAUAUUCAAGUGCAUUGAAUGAUCUGCGCGAAGCAUUAGAUAUAGAGAAGCAAACUAUAAAUAAAAUACGAAACGGAAUGUCAAUUGCUAGUAUGACAAAGGUGAACCUUCUGAGCAAAUUGAAAGACAGAGUUGACCUGGAUACGAAUAACUCGAGCGAAACCAUCAAAUCUCUCAUGUUCCUUCCAAAAGCUUGGACAAACGAAGCUAUCGAACAGCGAGCUAACGAAGACGGUGCUCGCAAACGAAAACGUAAGAAGCAAGCGGCAAAUCUGGAUCCAAAGAAUGUUCAAAAUACUGAUAAAGACAUUGUUUCGGAAGGCAGAAAGAAGCUUAAACUUACCAGUAGAAAAGCUUCACGUUCAGGUAAGCGUCAAAACUUAAAACGCCUCAAGGGAGCUCAAAGAAAUACAGGAAAAUAAAGUUAUUAAAACUGAAAUAAAAA